AUAGUGCGAUACCAAUAACAAACCGCUAAAAGAAGAAGAAGAAGCAUAUCACUGAUAAACAAAAAGUUAAACAAUUUUUUAACCGACAAGUUGCCUAUCCGACAAAAUCCUUAUUUAAUUAGAUUGCAUCUUAAAUUAGGCAUGGAGCCGGUUCCAGAGGAAGCCCGAGGAGUGGAUGAUGACGAAGGAGAGCUCGAUUGUCUAACACAUAUGAUUGGGGCGUUGCUUUUGCAAAAAGACCCGGAAAAUCCUGAAAAUGCUGACCCAAAGGAACCAAUUUGGAGUGGAGAGCUCGAAUGGGAGGACGCACAGAUAUUGGAUCAACCGAAGACUCUGCACACGCUCCAAUGCAAAAUCUGCUCUAUGAUUAAAGAAGGUCAGCCGGAGAUUAACACGGAGAACUGGCCAAACAAGCUGAAAACACAGCUGAUACCCAAAACAGUGCUGGGUAAAAUUGGCGAACAAUUCCUUAAGGAUGCCAGGAUGGUUAUUUUCCGAUCCAGCCAAGAAGAGGUACUCAAUUCAUUGAUUACGGCGAUGAGCUCCGGUUUCGCUGGUUGCAUCCACUUCUCCUCCAAUCCCAACUGCAACAUCAAGGCUCUAAUUCUUAUCUACUCGCACGAUCAUCAAGCUUUGGUUGGUUUCAUACCCAACAAUGAGGAUUCGUUUAGCGAACGACUGCAGGAGAUUCUUCAGGGUGCAAAACGAAAGCCGGGCGUCAACACCCAAACACCCAAGCAGCCACAGCCAGCAGAACCGCCUCCUGAGGAGGAAGAUGCCAUUAUAAAUGAACUUCUAUGGACUGGAACGCUGAAUUGGUCGACACAAGCAAAUUCAGAGGAGCCAAGCAUUAGUCACAAGCUUGAGUGUUCCGUGUACAUCGCUAUAAAGAAUGGAGAUCCCGGGAUCAGUGCGGAGGAUUGGCCAACUGAUAUGAAUAUGAUUUUGAUGCCCUCAAUUUACCUUGGUCAGUUCGCCGGAGAGUUUAUAAAGGACUCGAAACUUAUAAUUCUCCGAUCGACACCUGGAGAAGAACACGACUCGCUAGCAUCGUCGAUGACCGCCGGCAGUUGUGGCUGUGCCCGAUUUUCCUCCGAGGUCGUCUGCAAGGUUAUCAUGCUGCUGUAUUCGCCCACGAGGAACGCCUUCCUGGGCUUUAUUCCGAAAGAUCAGCCUAUGUUUGUCAAGCGAAUGCGGGAAGUUUUAGACGAAUAUCGCCAAAAGGCGAGAAACGAAUAGUAAACAAGUAUCUCAAGAACACGAUCUCAAAGUAUAUUUAAAAUAUUUAUUUGAACUCUAGGUAUAUCAAAUUUAUAGCCAUUGAAGACAGUAUGUAUUGUUUUAUAAUUAGAUCAUUUUAUUUAUUUCUGUUUAAUUAUUAUAAAUAUAGACCAACGAAUAUUAAAUCAACAUACGCUCGCAUGUCCCCAGUGGGAAAACAUUUAAAUACCAAGGCUAAUAUAUGUAAACUGAUAAAUAAUCAGAAAACUGCCAACUCCUGAAUGCAUUUACGCAAGUAUUACGAUUGUCUACCAUACGUUGCCAUAUUAAGACUUAACCGAUCUUAUAAAUAAACAUUUUUGAUGUCCA